UUGAAGAUUACCAAAACAAACUUUUAUUUUCCCAGAAGCUUAACUUGCACAGGUUAAAUAAUAUAUAAGAAUGCGUGCUAGUAAAAUAAACAUCGCAAAUUUUGAUUUGACUGAGCCUUUAAUCGCUGAGCAUAGCUGAGAAUUAACAGCCUCUCUGACGCAUGUGUAGUGCGCGUGUCCAGUUAAAACGAGCGCAAGGACGCGCGUCCCGCGAGUAAACGCGCCUCAAACGCGUCGAUAUCCUCAACGGUGUCGGUACGUCCUCUUCGUGCCCGUCACCAUGACUACAGCCCCGGCCGUUGGCGCGCGCGGGUAGACCGGAGCGGGGCUGCGGAGGAGAAACAGCGGCGCCAUCGCUCCGCGCUUCCCCAUGUCUCCUGCCUUCAUCUUCUGCUGGACGCCUGGAUCUCUGUCGGGAAUCAUCAUGGUGCAUCACUCCGGGUCCAUACAGUCCUUCAAGCAGCAGAAGGGAAUGCACACCAGCAUCAGUGAGAUCUUGAAGGAGAAAACGCUCAAGUCGUCUCGCCGCAGUUUGCCGUGUUUGGCUCAGAGUCAAACGCAUCCUGAAAACCUCAACCACUUCCUGUCUGUGCCUCUGAGUCCUGGACCCAAAUCAUACACACACAGCAGCAGCGUCAGUGCCUCCUGCACACACAUCACACCUCCGGCCACAGACACAGGUCAGGAUGUCUACACUGAAGAGAGGGAGACGGGGGGGUUUGAGCCGAAAACAGAUGAAACUCUCCUCGUCCAGCAGAAGCCAGUGAGCAGAGGGAAACUAGAGGCCCGAACUGACUCCGUAAAGGGGAAAAAUCUAGAAACCCCCUCGGGUCUGAUGUUCAGAGAUGGAAAAAAGCGUAUCGACUAUAUCCUGGUGUAUAAGAAGUCGAGUCCGCAGGUGGAGAAGAGAUGCACGUUUGAGAGGAACCUGCGGGCUGAAGGACUAAUGCUGGAGAAGGAGCCCUCAUUAACCAACAGUGAUAUCAUGUUUGUGAAGAUUCAUGCGCCGUGGGACACGCUGUGUAAAUACGCCGAGCAGAUGAACAUCAGGAUGCCCUUUAGGAAAAAGUGUUACUUCACUGACUGGAAGAAGAAAGCUAUGGGCAGUCGAUUUCAGCUGAGGUUUCGCCAGCUGAAGAGUUGGCUGCCCAGGAACCCGAUGAAGCUGGAUAAAGAGGCUCUUCCAGACCUGGUGGAGACGGACUGUUAUACGGCACCCUUCUGCAGAGCCAGAAUGCACCAUUUCACCAUCAACAACAGAGAGACGUUUUUCUCCAACUCCACCAGAAGCAGAAUCGUUCAUCAUGUGCUUCAGCGGACAAAGUACGAGGACGGAAAGUCAAAGAUGGCUCCUCCGUUGUGUUGUCUGAAUCUGCUUUAUUAUUAUGGCCAGCACGAGCGGCUCCUCAUAGGCCAGUCAGGCAGCUCGUGGGAAGGUAUUAAUCGUCUGCUGGGCAACAGCACGUAUGAAGCCGCGUUUCCUCCACACGAGGGCUGUUACAAAAGCAGACACCCGAUUAAAACCCACGGCGCUCAGAACCACAGACACCUUCUGUACGAGAGAUGGGCACGCUGGGGGAUCUGGUACAAAUACCAGCCGCUCGACCUCAUACGACGGUAUUUCGGAGAGAAGAUCGGUCUGUAUUUCGCCUGGUUGGGCUGGUAUACGGGAAUGCUAAUCCCUGCUGCUUUAGUCGGCCUUUUCGUCUUCCUAUAUGGGCUUUUCACCAUGGACUCCAGCCAAGUAAGUAAGGAGAUCUGUGAGGCGAACACCACCGUCAUGUGCCCCAUGUGUGAAGGCAACUGCAGCUCAUGGACACUCAGCGACAGCUGCGUUUAUGCAAAGGUGACCCAUCUUUUUGAUAACGGAGGCACAGUUUUCUUCGCAAUCUUCAUGGCAAUAUGGGCCACGGUUUUCCUUGAGUUCUGGAAGAGGAGGAGAGCUGAACUGACCUACGACUGGGAUUUGAUCGACUGGGAGGAGGAAGAGUGUAAACCCUGUGUCAUGGUGUGCUCUGAGGAGCUGCGGCCCCAGUUUGAAGCCAAAUACUCGCGGAAGGAGAGGGUAAACCCCAUCUCAGGGAAACCAGAGCCUUUCCAGCCCCUCACAGACAAGCUCAGCCGACUCAUGGUGUCUGUCUCCGGCAUCUUCUUCAUGAUCUCUCUGGUUCUGACGGCUGUGUUUGCUGUGGUGGUUUUCCGGCUCAUUGCUAUGGAGAAGUUUGUCUCCUUCCAGUGGGAGUUUGUGAAGAAAAACUGGCAGUUCGCAACUUCAGGCACCGGAGUCUGCAUCAACUUCAUGAUCAUCAUGUCCCUCAAUGUGGUCUAUGAGAAAGUGGCGUAUCUUCUGACUAAUCUGGAGCAUCCGCGCACCGAGUCGGAGUGGGAAAACAGCUUCGCCCUCAAGAUGUUCCUCUUCCAGUUCGUCAAUCUCAACAGCUCCACUUUCUACAUCGCCUUCUUCUUAGGCAGGUUUGCUGGCAGGCCGGGUGACUAUAAUAAGCUGUUUAACCGCUGGAGGAUGGAGGAGUGUCAUCCCAGUGGGUGUCUGAUCGACCUGUGUCUGCAAAUGGGAGUGAUCAUGGUGCUGAAACAGAUCUGGAACAACUUCAUGGAGCUGGGCUACCCGCUGCUGCAGAACUGGUGGUCUCGGCGUAAGAUGAAGCGAGCCGGAGAGCAGAGUAACAGUAAAGAAGAGCUCCCGCAAUGGGACAGAGACUGGAACCUGCAGCCCAUGAACGCACACGGCCUGGUGGACGAGUACCUGGAGAUGGUUCUACAGUUUGGCUUCACUACGAUCUUCGUGGCGGCGUUUCCUCUGGCUCCCCUGCUGGCUCUGCUCAACAACAUCAUCGAGAUUCGAUUGGACGCCUACAAGUUCGUUACGCAGUGGAGGAGACCGAUGCCCGCCCGAGCUACCGACAUCGGUAUCUGGCAUGGUGUUCUGGAGGGAAUUGGAGUUGUGGCUGUCAUAACAAAUGCCUUCGUCAUCGCCAUCACUUCAGAUUACAUCCCUCGCUUCGUCUACGCAAUCAAAUAUGGGCCCUGUGUGGACAAGGGUUACCGACACGAGAAAUGUCUAAGAGGAUACCUGAACAACAGCCUGUCUGUGUUUGAUAUGGGUGAACUGAGAAAUGGGAGUUAUGAAAAUCAAUACUGCAGGUAUCGGGAUUACAGAGCGCCUCCGUGGAGUCCUGAACCCUAUGAGUUCACCCUGCAGUUCUGGCAUGUUUUAGCUGCCAGACUAGCCUUCAUCAUUGUCUUCGAGCACCUGGUGUUUGGCAUCAAGACCUUCAUAGCCCACAUGAUUCCAGACAUGCCCAAAGACCUGUGUGAUCGCAUGCGCAGGGAGAAAUACCUGAUGCAGGAGAUGGUGUAUGAGGCAGAACUGGAGCAUCUCCAGAAAGAGCGGAAAAAGAACGGCAAACGUUAUCACCAUGAGUGGCCUUAGUCGUGCCUGUCCAUAAACACACACACACACACAUAAAUGCCCACAGGAGAACCACAUACACGUCCCACGAAGCACAUUAAUACUUGAGAGUGGCGAACAAAACGUCUUUGCAACCUGCACAACUGCAGCACAUAUGUGAACACAAGACAUUCAUGUACAACCGGUCUGCUGCCUUGGACGGCUUUGCUUUAUUGACUCCAUGCAUGGGCUGCCCACUUCAGAUUUCCAUUGCUGUGAUAAACCAGGGAGCGGAUUCAGUAUUUGAGGUCGAGACCUGAUCUCCAGGCGCGCCUUUAGAACCAAGAGUUGGCAGCUGUACUCUGCACCAAAGAGGAUUUUCUCGGUCACAUGACGCCUGCCUAGGACCUCCAGUAAUUCAAUAUUUUUAUCCUGUCGAGGAUGUUUGUACAUUAAAACUAGUCUACAGGACAAGAACAGAACAGUCUGGCAGAAUUUGAAAAUGGAAAAAGAAAAUAGUAAAGAUGUGUACACGAAUCGUUUUUUUAGCCACCAGUAUCGUUUUCUCCAGGUUUGGACGAUCUUUUGUUGACUUUUGAGGUGGUUUGCCUGAUCAAAUUAAAUUAAGAUAAAUCUGAUGGGACAUUUUAUGGAUCGAAUUGUCUGAGUUCCCUUUGGAAAGAGUUGGAUAAGUUACAUGAUGUGAAAAUGCAACAAGUUUUAAAAAGCACGACUGUCGUCCUAAGAAAAGCUGCACGUUGAUAAAGUUAGCUACUAGUUUGAUGGAGGCUAACUGGAAUAAGACUUCCUGAACCCUGUAAGAGGCGACAACAGUGGUAACUGAGCGAGAAGAUGCUGUCUUUAGCAUGCUUGUGUUUCAAUUCAAACCCGACUGAAGCGUACUGCAAGAAACCACAAGUGGUGCCGUGACCCGAAUGGAAGUCUAUAUUGGGAAUGGUGGUAACUGAGCGAGAAGAUGCUGUGUUUAGCAUGCUUGUGUUUCAAUUCAAACCUCAACUGAAGCCUCCUGCAAGAAACCAGAAGUGGUGCCGUGACCCGAAUGGAAGUCUAUAUUGAGAAUGGUGGUAACUGAGCGAGAAGAUGCUGUCUUUAGUAUCCUUGUGUUUCAAUUCAAACCUCAACAGAAGCCUCCUGCAAGAAACCAGAAGUGGUGCCGUGACCCGAAUGGAAGUAUAUAUAUGGGAAUGGUGGUAACUGAGCGAGAAGAUGCUGUGUUUAGCAUCCUUGUUUCAAUUCAAACCUCUACUGAAGCAUCCUGCAAGAAACCAGAAGUGGUGCCGUGACCCGAAUGGAAGUCUAUAUUGGGAAUGGUGGUAGGCCAACUGAUACAGGUAAAGGAAAACACACCAACUUUACAUCGAUUAACUAGCGGCAACAAAAUGGACUGUAGUCUUGCCUUGCAUCACAAGUAUCUGGGUCCAAAAUUAAAGACUCAUUACAUUUAAAAACAGGCUACAAAAAGGAAUUCAGUACAACUGGGCCCACCUAGCCUUCCCAAAUCUCAACAAAUGUCUGUACAAGAGUCUACUCUGCAGCAAAGUCAGUUUCACUUUCCCAACCCCUCGCUCAACUCUGAAAUCAAUGGAUUAGAUUGUUCAGUGAAACUCCAGUGUGUAAGUGGAAAAUAAUGUUUAUUGCGCAUCUUUUCCAGCAUGGCUUGCAGUGGCUUUGCUCUUUCAUCAAUUUAGUUCAUCCUGCAGUUCUGAACCGAGCACUCAUACGGUUGGAUUGUUUACUAUGCAGAUGAAGGGCUUUCGGAGCUCCUGUUUUCUGCUUGUGGUCUUUGUCCGGCAGCUACACCUAUCAUCCGCUGUGAAGCACUUCUCUACCUGCUGUCAGCCAACGUUUACCUGCAAACGCAUUUACCGAUUCGCCCUCUCCCUCUUCGCUUGCCAGCAUCUCACCUUGUGAUUGUUGCUACAAAAGAGGUUUCUGGUAACGGUUACCAAAUGAAGAUCAGUUCGUUUAUGCAAAUGAACAAGUUUUUAUGUACUACGUCGCCUUGAAAAGAUAUGCAGAACUGUCUUUAAAUACAAUAAGUCCAUUUUACCAACGUACAGUAAAAAGAAAAGGCCAACUUUGGCAGAAUAAUAGUCAAAUGCAUGAUUUUCGUUUGCAUGCAGAUAAUUAGAUUUUUAUUAUUUUAUAAAAGACUGACAUUGACUAUGGUUUUCUAGUGUGUGUGUGUGUGUGUGUGUGCGCGCAGAUUGUGAGGUGUGGUUGUAUCAGCGUUUCAUUGCCUGCGUUUGUUGCUUGGCUGUGAUCUAUUCUGUGUGCCUGUUGUGGUUCAAUCGAUCCUUAUACUUGCCCGCCUGAGCAUAAGGAAGUGGCUAAUUAAGGGAUAGCAUACUAGCCCAUCUUCCUUCCAGUAUAGAGUAUGUAUACUGUGAAUAUCCUGAGCAGAGAUGUGACUAGGGAUUCUGGGUCCCAUGCACAGGAUUUUUUGGAGUUGGCUUUUGUACCAAAUAAGGUCAAGUACAGUAAAAUUUCAAACAGCAUAGCUCAGGCCUGGAUUGGCUAAUCGGGAGGACCGGGAGAAUUCCCGGUGAGCCA